CCUUCAAAAUGGCCUCCGCACCACAACAAACCCCGCAGCCGAAUUCAGUGAAACAAAUAUUCAAAUCGCUCAGUUAUGGUCCAGCUCCUGAAGCGGACAAUGUAGCCCAGGCAUGGUUUGAUGACCAUGAGCGGGCAUUUGGGCAUUUCAUAGAUGGGAAAUGGGUGAAACCGGAAGGACGGAAAACAUACCAGACCAAGAACCCUGCGACAGGUCAAAACCUGGCAACAACCCUCCAAGGUACCCAGGAUGAUGUUGACCUGGCUGUCAAAUCAUCCAGAAAGGCUUACCAGACCUGGAGCAAGACCCCGCCCCAUGUCAGGGCAAGAUACAUGUACAGUGUUGCCCGUCACAUCCAGAAGCACCAGCGUCUGGUGUCAGUGGUUGAGGCAAUGGACAAUGGCAAGCCCAUCAGGGAGACUCGAGAUGCUGACAUUCCCGUCACUGUACGACACUGGUAUCAUCACGCUGGCUGGGCACAGCUCAUGGACACAGAGAUGAAAGGCUGGCAGUCUGUUGGUGUGGUUGGAGCCAUAGUGCCAUGGAACUUCCCACUGAUGUUGAUGACAUGGAAGGUGUGUGCUGCCUUGGCCAUGGGAAACACCAUCAUUCUCAAACCUGCCACCUACACCCGCCUCUCUGCCCUCCUCAUGGCUGAGAUAUGUUCCGAGGCCGGGCUACCCCCAGGCGUGUUUAACGUGAUCACAGGAAGUGGCCAGAUGGGCAGUGCUCUUGCUGCUCACAACGACAUAGACAAAGUUGCAUUUACUGGAUCCACACAGGUUGGCCAGACAUUGCGGCGCCUGAUAGCUGGAAGUGGUAAGAAGCUGUCCCUGGAGCUUGGAGGGAAGUCUGCGGUGAUCGUGUUUGAGUCUGCAGACCUGGACAGUACAGUGGAGGGCCUGGUGGAUGCCAUCUGGUUCAACCAGGGACAGGUGUGCAGUGCUGGAUCUCGUCUGCUUGUGCAGGAGUCGAUCUACGGCCAUCUGGUUGGGAAGCUGAAGACUCGGCUAACUCAUUUUCGUCUAGGUGACAGUCUGGACAAGACAAUAGAUAUGGGAGCGAUUGUUGAUGAGAGUCAACGCAAGUCAAUUGAGGAGUUUGUGGAGGAUGCCCGCAAGGAGGGGGCGGAGGUGUACCAGGCUACUGCGUGUUUCCCGGCUCGAGGCUGCUACUACCCCCCCACCCUUAUCACCAAUGUACAGACUGUCUCUAGGGUGGUCGCUGAGGAGAUAUUUGGGCCAGUUUUGGUGGUUUUGCCAUUCCGGACUGCAAAGGAGGCUAUAACUCUGGCAAACAACUCAAUGUAUGGACUAGCAGGCAGUGUCUGGACAGAGAAUGUCAGCCUCGCCAUGGAGGUUGCCAUGAGUGUGAAGGCAGGGACAUUGUGGGUGAACUCCCACAACAUGUUUGAUGCUGCAGCAGGCUUUGGGGGUUACCGGCAGAGUGGAUAUGGUAGAGAUGGGGGCAAGGAGGGUCUGUAUGAAUAUGUUCGCCCGUCCUGGGAAGCCAGACCACGCCCAGCCAAUGUUGACCUUGAUCUGAAAACAUUUGGGGCCUACAUUCCACAACGACCAACCCUGGAUGAUGGCACACCCAAUGGACAGAUACCCAAGAUUGAUCGUACAUACAAAAUGUACUAUGGAGGAUCCCAGAAGCGCCCAGAUGCCCAGUACUCACGGCCUGUUAUCAACCCGGACGGAAAAGUGGUGGGUCACGUCGGGGAGGGGAACAGGAAGGACCUGAGAAAUGCCGUGGAGGCCGCGCAUAAUGCUGCACCAGGGUGGGGUAAGCGUGCUGCCCACAACCGUGCCCAGAUUGUAUACUACAUGGCUGAGAAUCUUGAGAUCCGGCGUGAGGAAAUAGCUGGGCGGCUGGCCGAAAUGACGGGGCGAUCCAUGGAGGAUGCGCUCCGAGAGGUGGAUCUGUCCAUCACUAGGCUUUUCCACUGGGGUGCAUACUGUGAUAAGUAUGGAGGCACCGUUCAGGAGACGAGCCUGUACGGGGCGACAAUCAAGAUUCAUGAGCCGAUGGGUGUGAUUGGUAUUGCUUGCUCGGACAGCUACCCCCUGCUGGGAUUCGUGUCAUUGUUCGCCCCUGCGGUUGUCCGUGGUAACACCAUCGUCAUUAUCCCCAGCGAGAAAUACCCACUGAUGGCCAUGGAUUUCUAUCAGGUGUUUGACACAUCUGACCUGCCUGGGGGUGUUGUGAACAUUAUCACUGGAGACAGGGACCAUCUCACCAAGUUCCUGGCUGAGCACCAGGAUGUACAGUCAAUGUGGUACUUUGGCUGUGCAGAGGGAUCCAAGUAUGUCGAGUACAUAUCAGCUGAGAACGUGAAACGAACCUGGGUCAAUUAUGGGUUUGAGCGAGACUGGGAGGAUCCGGAGCAGGGCCAGGGUGGGGAGUUUCUCUACCAGGCUGUACAGGUGAAGAACAUCUGGGUUCCCAUGGGAGACGUGUUUGCCAACUAACCAGCCCCACACACACUCAAUCUUGGCCCACAUUUCCACCUCUCUAGACUGAUCUUUCAUUUCUGAUGUUGGAAAAUGUUGCCUACUAUUCAUGGUUCUUAUUGCCAUUAGAAUACAAAAUUGCAAAAUUACAAAAUUGUUACUGAUAAAAAAAGUGGAAUGAUCGUGUUUUAUUUUCUUUGGAGUACAUGCCUUAAUAAAUCUUUUUUUGCUAUUUUCAUGAUGAUUAUACAUUUUCUUUUCAUAUAAAGUAUAAAUUUUCCUCUAUCAUUUUUUUUUAUUUAGAAUCCGGUGUUUGCAAGGGUUGUAUAGGCUGGUUUUUACUCUGUUUGUUGUCUUUAAACAUGUAUUUACUUUCUACAAAAUUUUUUAUUGAAAAGCAUAGUUGAUUGAAAUUUCUAUUUGUUCAGUAGAACUGUUUUAAGUAUUAUUAUCCAAAGUGUUAUUGCAAACAGGAAGUUUAUUUAGAAACCUUGCUGGUGAAAGCAAUGUUUUGUAUGAAGUCCCAAUUACCAGGACCCACCCUGCCCAUACCCGACUGACUCAUCAGUGUCCGGACAAGGCGGGGCUAAUCAGUUGCCUGUUUCUAUCCACAUGACCUUCAACAAACUGCACUUGUCAACAGAAGUGAAAACUGUUUUUUUUUCUUUAAAUUUAUUCUUAUAAACUAGGUUAUAACAUCGGCAUAAUUUCUAGUUCCUCAUAAGACAACUCAGAAAAGUAGGAAUACUGACAUUUCUUUUCAUAAUGUUGCUCUAUGCAUUUUUGGCAUUAGUAAGAUUUCAAAGUGACUUUUGAAGUAGAAGAAAUAAUCCUUCAAAAUGUAUUAAUCAUUUAGUGUAAGAACUUGAUGAGGUGUCAUACAUAAUUAUAAUAUUUGCUAGUCUUAGAGUAGUAACUAGCAUUAUUUUAUAACUACAUGGAAACAUUUUGAGUGUAUUGUAUUUGUUCUGUGGUAUGCACACAGUUAAACCAAAACUGACUAGAAAAAAACUACUCUAAACUGCACGUGAGUAAACAUGCAUUUAACAAAUUAAUGAUAUACAUAAGGGAGGCAACUUAAAUGAAACACAUUAAGUAUCUGUCGUUUACUUUUAACAAUGUAUUGAUUUCAAGUUUGUUCAAAAUAAAAAAAAUCUAUGUGAAAAUGAAAACAUGCGUUCGUAUCAAAACAAAAGGAAAUAUUACUGAAUAAUGUGCAUGUUCUGGACAUGGAACUGUAUUUGCAAAUAGUAAAAGUCUUUAAGGUUUAAAUACAAUAAAAUAUACCAUGCUAAUCCAAUAUUUGAAGAAUUUGACCCCAAAAAAGCUGUCGACUGCAUGCCUUUGACAGAAACUCUCCAUAAAGAAUAGUAUUAUGAAGUGACAUAACCAGUCCAACCCAGCUUCUGCAAAAGGCUAGCACGUCAAAUAACAUGACAAUAUAUUCGCUGAAUAUGAGAUAACUUUAAAAUUAGUUUAAAAUUGGUUUAAAAUAUUUGUUGUUGUUUUUUGCCACAAAGGAAACUCAGUUUAGAAUAAUAUAAUACAAAUGUUAUAAAUUUAGAAUAAGAAAUGUACAUGAAUAUUGCAUUUAAUUAUUAGUAAUCAACUCGUUUUAAUGAAACAAAGUUUAUUGUAAUUAAUGUCAUUAUUCCUUUGCCAUUUUUAAAUAUGUACACAAUAUGAGACAUGAAACUGGUAAGGUUACACAAUACGAGAUGAGAAAAUGGCAAGCUACACAAUAUGAGAUGAUAGAGGAAAGGAACACAAAGAUUUAUUAAAGAGGGUCACGAUGUGAUUCUCUGUAACCUUACCACUCACACACUCCAUAAUAAAUCAUUUAUUUACAUGUUUGUUAAUACUAUAUCUUUAAGGCAGUAUUUAAAUAUGGGAUUUGAGUUGUAUUACUUCAAGUUCAAAUUUGUGACUUUUAUAUGUCUUGCAUAAGUUUGAGAACAAAUGGGAUGUGGUUGACACAAGUGUGUUCCUAUUUAUUAGGUCUUUUUGCAUUUUAGCUUCUGUUCAUUUAUUAGGUACAGUGGAUUAUUCAUGAAUAAUAUGAGUGUGUAUGUACAUGUAAUGUAUAGAACAAGUUCCAUAGACAUCAAUUUGUUGGUAACAGUUUGUAGCUUUCAUUUCAUACUUGGCUCUUCCAGGAAUCAACAUUCAUACUAGCUAAAAAACAAAACCAAGCAAAACUGUUUUUUAGUAUACAUGUUUAGUUUAAAAUUUAAACCCUCCAUAAACUAGGUUUUAACAUGUUUGACAUUGGAGAAUGUAAUAGUUGGCCAAGUUGACGAGAAAAAAAUGGGGGAAAAACUUUAUACUAUAGAAAGGACGCAGAGAAAACCUGUUUAAAUUGGUAGCCAUCAUAUUAGUAUUGACAAUUUUAUUGAAACCUGAAAAUGCCAUGGUUAUUAAAUAGACCAGCACAUGAUUGUACAUAAAUGCUAGAAUAUAUUGAAAUAACAAUGGUACAAGAGGUAUAAAGCACGAUAGAUAAUUGCAAUACUGUAUUAAGUAAUCAAUAAACAACAAUUUUUAUUCUGUCAUCCAAAUGUCCCUCUCCUCAAGCUUUCAAAUUAUUUGUUGUUGUGGUGAAUAAAAGCAAACAGCCAUAUACAUUUUGUAUUGUAUUAAAAGUUCAGCUAAGUUUUUCAAACGUAUCUACUUUACACAGUGAUUAACGGUCUAUAUUGGUGUAUACCAAUGCACAUGCUUACAUCUUUUUGAAAUAGGAAUGUACAUAUUGGUUUGGUUUGCUAAAUAUUAUUUAAUUCAAAAAUCUUUUUAAUGUGUUUGUAGCUUUACAAUACCUAUUCUAAGUAGUGUUCUAGCUGUGUUCCAGAUUUUUGAAGAACAUUCCUGUUAUAUUAUUGCUAGUCAAGUACAUGUAAUAAGAGCUGUGUAUAUGUUCAUGGCAUAGUUCAGUUUUCUAGGAGUAUUAUAGAUCUUUUGAAUUUGUAUACAUAUAUCAGUUCAUGAGUGUUUCAAUAUUUUUUCAGUAUUAGAUCUAUAAAUAAAAUCAGAGUAAUGACAGAAAGCAAUACUUUUACGAAUGGUGGAAAAAGAUAGAUAUUUUAAGUUAAAUAAAAAAUUGAUUUAUGUACUAAAUUAUCAAAAAUAUGUCACUUUGGUUUGCUCUUUCAGAGCAGUGAAAAUAUCAAAUUGUUUUACUGCAUUGAAUAUAAGAGCAGUGGAAAUGACAUAUUUCACCAUAAAGCAUAAAGAGAAAGACACUUGAUACACAAUUUAAAGACCACAAAAAUCUAGACCACAAAAAUCUAACUUGAAUUCAUAAGCAUUUACAUUUGAAUCUGACAGUGCGUAGUUCAGUUAUUGAAAUACUGUUUGAUGGUGUCAAAUUCAUAUAUAUUGUGUAUUGUGCUCUUCACAAAUAAACAUGUUUGUUUUGUAUCCUAGAGAGACAAUAAUAUGGAAAUAAAGUAUUAAAAUACA